GGUUUGCUCUAGAGAUGAAGAAAAACCCUUGACUUUGCUUGGGCUUAUAAAUAGAUCACCCCCAUAAACCUAUAGCUCCAUCUCAAAACACAACCAAAGAGGUAACAAUGGCCAUAAUGCUCAACAACAUCACCACCUUUCUUUUCUUUCUUCUGGUCAAUAGUCUGCUCUUCUAUUCAAUUCAGUCCCUAGCAAGACCAAGAAACCCUAAUUCACUCAUUCUUGGUCUUACCCCAGCUUCUAGGGCUUCCCUUCCAACUCAUCCAAAAGCUUCCACUUCUUCAAGAAAGAAACUAACUGAUGUUUUGGACAUGAUGGAGCCAUUGAGGGAGGUUAGAGAUGGGUAUUUGAUAUCUCUAAGUAUAGGCACACCCCCACAAGUCAUUCAAGUGUAUAUGGACACUGGGAGUGACCUUACUUGGGCUCCUUGUGGAAACAUUUCUUUUGAUUGCAUAGAAUGUGAUGAUUAUAGAAACAACAGGAUGAUGGCAAGUUUUUCUCCUUCUCAUUCUUCUUCAUCACAUAGGGACUCCUGUACUAGUCCCUUCUGCAUUGAUGUUCAUAGUUCUGACAACCCCUUGGAUCCAUGCACUAUGGCUGGAUGCUCAUUGAGUACCCUUGUUAAAGCCACAUGUUCUUGGCCAUGCCCUCCAUUUGCUUACACUUACGGUGCAGGAGGGGUUGUCGCUGGGACACUAACUAGGGAUACGCUUAGGGUUCAUGGAAGAAACCUUGGUGUCACUCAAGAAAUCCCAAGAUUCUGUUUUGGUUGCGUUGCGUCUUCGUAUAGGGAACCUAUUGGGAUUGCAGGGUUUGGUAGAGGUGCACUUUCUUUGCCUUCACAACUAGGUUUUCUUCGAAAGGGCUUCUCACAUUGCUUCUUGGCCUUCAAAUAUGCAAACAACCCUAAUAUUUCAAGCCCAUUAAUUAUAGGAGAUAUUGCCCUUACUUCUAAAGAUGAUAUGCAAUUCACUCCAAUGUUGAAGAGUCCCAUGUACCCUAAUUACUACUACGUUGGUCUAGAGGCCAUAACUGUAGGUAAUGUUAGUGCAACUGAAGUGCCAUCAAGCUUGAGGGAGUUUGAUUCACUUGGUAAUGGGGGCAUGUUGGUUGACUCAGGAACCACUUACACUCACCUACCUGAGCCAUUCUAUUCUCAGGUUCUCUCUGUUCUUCAAUCAAUAAUAAAUUACCCUAGAGCCACUGAUAUGGAGAUGAGAACCGGGUUCGAUCUUUGUUACAAGGUACCAUGUCAAAACAACAGCAUUCUCACGGGUGAUCUCCUCCCUUCAAUAACUUUCCAUUUUUUGAACAAUGCGAGUCUAGUUUUGUCCCGGGGAAGUCACUUCUAUGCUAUGAGUGCCCCAAGUAACUCUACUGUGGUCAAAUGCCUACUGUUCCAAUCCAUGGAUGAUGGUGAUUAUGGACCAGCUGGGGUUUUGGGGAGCUUCCAGCAACAAGACGUGGAGGUUGUCUAUGACAUGGAGAAAGAGAGAAUUGGUUUUCGACCAAUGGACUGUGCUUCAGCUGCAUCUUUUCAAGGAUUUAACAAGACCUAAUUAAGCGGCAGUUAAUGGCAGUUCUUGCAGUUGCCAAUGGUGCAUGUAGGUGGUUGAUUGAUUUUUUUAAGUGUACUUUGCAACUUCCUUUUGUUUAAUGUUGAGCUUGUACUUUGUCAAGUCUUUGAACAGGCUAGAUUAUCAUGCUUUUAAGGCUUUGAACUGAUUAAGAAAUGAGUUGUUAUAUUCUCUUUGCGUGGUAGAAGAGGAACAGAUUCAAGUGGAGAAGCUUCAUGGAGCUGUAUUUUUCUUUUAUAUAAUGGGGUCAGAUCAGAAAGUGACAAAGCAUUUGCAAACAGAGUAAUCUUCAAGUAAUGUUAGUUGACCGAUUAUCCUUGCUGGUUGCUAGUAAGCUACAAGUUCUAUGUAGCGCAGCCAAUCACACCUGCACAAAUCUGAAAAAUACCGUAUCGCAUCUACUUUGAGACUAAAAUUUAGGGUGUUUUUGUGAACAAGAUUUAUCAAACGUUGAUGUAUGUCGUCUCUCCAGAAGCUAGCGGCGAAGUUUCCUUCACGAUCAUUUUAUCUAGACGCCCAUUUUUAACACAGGAGAUUAGUGCAAUCAGUGCACGAAUACCGAUUCCUCGUAUACUAACCUUGAAUCCUUAGGUUUCCCCUUUAGAAACGCAAAAACAUUUAUCAAGGAUGAAUUAGAUGUUUCAACCAUCCGGUUCAACAUCCCGAUCCAUAGAAAUUUCCAACGUUCUCUUGUCUGCUUGCGGUCAA